UUUCAGCAUCUGUUAAAUUUCCACUCACUCUCUCCAAGCAAGUUUGUGUCGUGGAUGUGGUCCAUGAUGGAGAUGCCUGGGGGUUUGCUCUUGCUCCUAAUUUUGCAGUUUUUUACAGGGAACACUUCAGGGACACUUGUCUCCAGCUGUGAUUCAUGUCACGAUGAAUCCAUGUGCCUGGAGUCACGGGAAAGAGGAGACACGUUCAGUGGCCCGGUCCUCUCUUGUGUCUGUAAAGAUGGCUUCGUAGGCGACGGUCUCACCUGCUACGACACAAAACUCUGCAGUGACUCUUCGUGCUGUAGCCAAGGUUAUCACUGGUCACCAGACAGCGGCUGUGUAGAAACUGACGAGUGCUCUCUCCCAGACCCACCGUGUGCGCCGCCUCAGGUGUGCCACAACACACCAGGCUCUUUCAUAUGUAUGGUGCCUUCCUCCACCGUCAGAUCUGGGCCCUCUCCCCAAUCUGUCCAGUUCAGGUGUGGAAACACUGUUUGCCCAACAGGCAUGGACUGCAUCAGUAAUAAUGGGGUCGCCCGCUGCGCUGACCCCUGUGAGCGCUACACUGAGCUGCACCAUGACUGGCGGUCGACAGAUAACACAAUGAAUCUGAUCCCACGCUGUGACAGAGAUGUUAACUGGCAAGGCUGGUAUCGUCUGUUUCUGAAUCAAACCAGUGCCCACGUUCCCGAGAGGUGUGUUCAGACAAACAGGUGUGGAACACACGCUCCCCUAUGGAUAACAGAGCCUCAUCCCACACAGCCAGGAGUGAUUGUAAAUCGGAAUGUAUGUAAUCACUGGAGCUCCAGCUGCUGCUCUUUUAGAUCACACACCAUCAAUGUCAAACUCUGCAAUGGAAACUACUACGUCUACAAACUGGUGAAGCCGAGCACAUGCAAUCUUGCCUACUGUGCAGAGGUGAACAGAACAGACGUUGCAGUUCCUUUGACCACUCCUGGUCCAGGACAGAAAGGCACCUCUCAAACAGCAGCAGUGCACCACACCACAGUUUCACCAACCACACCUGAUCCAGGAUCUCAGACCCUCAGCUCUGCUUCGCUCACAUCUGGCACCCCUGGAACAACAGCAGUGGACAACAGCACAGGAGUCGAGGGACAGGUCCGCCUGGCCAAUGGAGGAAACAGCUCCUGCUCUGGCAGAGUAGAGAUCUUCCUCCGUGGACAGUGGGGGACGGUGUGUGAUGACCACUGGGACCUGGUUGAUGCUCAGGUGGUGUGCAGACAGCUGGGUUGUGGCAGGGUCCUGUCAGCACCACAACGUGCACGUUUUGGACAGGGCAGAGGGUUCAUCUGGUUGGACAAUGUUGCUUGCUCCGGCAGCGAAUCAAAGCUGACCGAGUGCCGGCACCGAGGGAUUGGAUCUCACAACUGUCGUCACAGUGAGGAUGCUGGUGUCGUCUGUGAAGCUGCUUCACCAGUGAGGCUGGUCAACUCUGACAACCGCUGCUCUGGCAGAGUGGAGAUCUACCAUGCUGGACAGUGGGGGACAGUGUGUGACGAUUCCUGGGACCUGAACGAUGCCAAUGUGGUGUGCAGACAGCUGGGGUGUGGCAGGGCUCGUUCAGCACUGCAAAAUGCUGCUUUUGGACAGGGCAGUGGACCCAUCUGGUUGGACGACGUCAUUUGUUCAGGAAGGGAACCAUCGAUAACACACUGCAGACAUCCAGGGUUCGGGGUCCACAACUGUAGACAUCAUGAAGAUGCCAGCAUCAUCUGUUACAUUCAACCAGGACCAAACUCCACAGUUUCACCAACCACACCUGAUCCAGGAUCUCAGACCUUCACCUCUGCUUCGCUCAUAUCUGGCACCCCUGGAACAACAGCAGUGGACAACAGCACAGGAGUCGAGGGACAGGUCCGCCUGGCCAAUGGAGGAAACAGCUCCUGCUCUGGCAGAGUAGAGAUCUUCCUCCGUGGACAGUGGGGGACGUUCAACCAGGACCAAACUCCACAGUUUCACCAACCACACCUGAUCCAGGAUCUCAGACCUUCACCUCUGCUUCGCUCACAUCUGGCACCCCUGGAACAACAGCAGUGGACAACAGCACAGGAGUCGAGGGACAGGUCCGCCUGGCCAAUGGAGGAAACAGCUCCUGCUCUGGCAGUGUAGAGAUCUUCCUCCAUGGACAGUGGGGGACGGUGUGUGAUGACAACUGGGACCUGGUUGAUGCUCAGGUGGUGUGCAGACAGCUGGGUUGUGGCAGGGUCCUGUCAGCACCACAAAGUGCACGUUUUGGACAGGGCAGAGGAUUCAUCUGG